AAACUGCGAACGAGUGAAGAUCGUCACCAUGGCGACAGCUAUUUAUCUCGAACAUUAUCUCGAUAGCAUUGAAAACCUGCCCUGUGAGCUCCAGAGAAACUUCACACUCAUGAGGGAACUCGACAACAGAGCGGAGGAAAAGAAAUGUGAAAUCGAUAAGCUCGCAGAAGAAUACAUUAAAAACGUGCUGAAUCUGGCUCCGGAUCAGAGAGUGGAGCACCUGCAGAAGAUCCAGAACGGAUUCAGCAAAUGCAAAGAAUACAGCGACGACAAAGUGCAGCUCGCCAUGCAGACGUACGAAAUGGUGGACAAACACAUCCGAAGGCUGGAUGCCGAUCUCGCUCGCUUUGAGAAUGAGCUGAAGGAAAAGUUGGACGUCAGCGGCUACGAAAGUCCAGACAACAGAGCGGCCAAGAAGGUAGGCGGUCGAGGAAGCCUGAAGGAAAAACGACGGCCGAAAGGAAGAGGACGGAAAUCUUCAGACGACGACUCGCCGCGGAAAAAGAAAAUGAAGAGCAGCCCCGAGUUCUCUGAAUCCAUCCUUCCAGUUCAUCCGUCAGACGUCUUAGACAUGCCUGUUGACCCUAAUGAGCCCACGUACUGUCUGUGCCACCAAGUGUCAUACGGAGAAAUGAUCGGAUGCGACAACUCAGAUUGUCCCAUUGAGUGGUUUCACUUCGCCUGCGUUGAUCUGACAACGAAACCCAAAGGGAAAUGGUUCUGUCCACGAUGCACCCAGGAUCGGAAGAAAAAAUGAGACGCACAUUUGUAUCGUUGAGAGAUUACAUUUCUAUAUGAAUAUGUAUACGUAUGCACAUAUAUGUAUUUUGUCUAGGUGGUGAAAUAGGAUAUAAUAUAUACUCCUUAAUAUGGCCAUGAUGAAAUAUACGAGGGUCGCGAGGAAACAAAGUUUUUAUUUUUCAAAGUACUUGAAAUGUUUCCAUUUAAGUUUCAUUCUGUGUUGUCAAAUUGUCAUUUUCAGACAAUCUAGGAUAUAUAUGAUAUAUAUAUAUAUAUUUUCUCUUUACUUACUGUUUAGUAUGUAUUUUAAUUUUUUUAUGAAGCUUCAAGCAACUAUCAUGUCAUUGUGCUUUGCUCAUGAAAUGUUUCGCGAACUUUUAAGACGCUGAAUUCGGCAGCCGCUCUUGCACUUAAAGGAUAACGCAACUACUUUUUUCUGCAACUAUCGAUCACCUAACUUUAAAGUGCAAGUGAUACAUUUUAUUGUUUCUAAUUCUAUAAUUUCAGACGAUAACCUAAAAUCUCACUCGGAAUAUUUUGCAGAAUCGAGGCGAUUAGCUACUGUGGAAGCUUGUUUCCGCCUCAGAAUUAAAAACUAAAAAAGGUAAUCUAACAAUUCGGAUUUUUCU